AUGUGGGUGGCCUAUAGCUCAGGGAGCAAUGAAAACAGUCAUUUAUUACAUAUAGUUAAAUAUCUUUUCCAGGUUGAAGAUCUUAUCCAUAAAUAUAAUGGCCAGGGGAAGUCAGUGGCAGGUAUUGUAGUUGAGCCCAUACAGGCUGAGGGCGGAGAUAAUCAUGCCUCACCAGAAUUCUUCCAGGAACUGCAACAAAUUGCAAAAAGGACUGGUGCAGCUUUUCUUCUUGAUGAGGUUCAGACUGGUUGUGGUCCAACAGGCAAGUUCUGGUGCCAUGAACAUUUUAACUUGCCAGAAGCUCCAGAUAUUGUUACAUUUAGCAAGAAGAUGUUGACAGGUGGCUUUUUCUGCAAAAAGGAAUUCAGGCCACUCCAGGGAUAUCGAAUCUACAAUACUUGGAUGGGCGAUUCCUCCAAGAUUAUCACAUUAGAGGAAGUUAUCCGAGUUAUCAACCGUGACAAACUUUUGGAAAAUGUUAGAGAAACAGGAGAAAUUCUCUUUAAGGGUAUACAAGAACUGGAACAGCAAUUCCCACAGCAUAUCAAUUCAGUUCGUGGACGAGGAACUUUCAUUGCAUUUAAUGGAACAGAUGCAACCAAACGGGAUGCUAUUAUUGGUAAACUCAAGCUAUUGGGUAUACACGUUGGAGGUUGUGGGGAGAAGGCUGUGCGUAUGCGUCCGGCUCUUAUCUUUCAACCUCACCAUGCUCACAUCUUCCUUGACAAGCUGCAGACUGCUCUUUCUGGGAUGUAAACACAUUUUGUAUACAUAUACUGUACUGUAUUUAAAAUGUGGAGAACUUGAUUUUAAGCAGUGUCCAUAUAGAUAAGUAAUUUACAGAAUAUUAGACAUUUAAUUAUUAUUUUUAUAUAUAGUGUUGCCUUUUUUUGUAAACAUAUAUAUAUAUAUAUAUAUUAUAUAUAUAUAUAUAUAUAUAUAUAUAUAUAUAUAAUAUUAUAUGUAAUAUACACACUACUGUAUAUAAUGGUCAGAGCAUUAUCUAAACAUGAACUUAUUUUGCUUAUUACAAAUAUUUUUUUUCAUUUUCCCAUAGUCUUUAGUUUGUCUUGCUGUCUAACAUUGCAUUUCUCAUACUAGUUUAAUGGCAACAUACAUAGUGUGGGCAUGCACUCACACAUGCAUGUACACACACACAUUCAUGUGUGCACACAUGCAUUCACACAUUAUUAGGUGAAUAUAUGCAUAUGCACACACUCCUAGAAUAAUAAUUUUAUCAUUUUUCUUUAACUUUAAAAAUUAUUUCAAUUAUUUUGGUAAUUACAGUAAAUUUUUCACAUUUAGUCUACAUAAAAAUUAAUACCUGAGGUUAUAAAUAAUCUCAUGUGUGGUCACAAAAGUACAGUAUGGUGACUUUGGGUACAUUCUCCACUUCAUUAGUGCAUUCUCAAGUUGUCUAAAAUUGAAUUAUAUCAUCAUCAAAGAAAGCGCUAAACUGACAAAGGGUCAUACAGCACUGAUAACCAUGUAUAAUAAUCUGAUAACCACUAGUGACAUACUGUACCGCUGGGGUGGGAAUACCUGACUAGAACAAUGAAAAGGAACCUUUGUGUGUAAACAAUUUACAAUGGUCCCUCGUUUAUCGUUGUUAAUCCAUUUCUGGAAGUGUGACGAUUAUCGAAAUAGACGAUUUUCGAAUCAAUUUUCCCCAUAAGAAAUAAUGUAAAUACAAUUAAUCCGUUCCUGGCACCCAGAAGUAUUAAAAAAAAAAAAAUUUUACAUGAAAUAUAGAUGUAGUACAUAAUACAGUGGGACAUGAUGAAUGAAACAUUAACAGCAUAACACUUACCUUUAUUGGCAAUUCUUCUUAGUGUAUGGAAGACUGGAGGAGGAGAGAGAUUGAAUUAGUUACUGUUUGGAAGGGGAAUCCCCUUCCAUCACCUCAGGUACCAAGUCCUUUUCUGGGGUUACAUACUUCUGUUUCUUAAUGCCACUAGGACCAGCUUGAAAGUCACUGGAGUCCUGUCUCACAAAAAAAAAAAAAGUGUCCAGAGAGCUGUUUCUGGCAUCUCUUUAAAACUUCCCUAAAAUGUGCCAAGGCUCUGUCACUGUACAAGUUGCCGAUAUGGCUUGCAACAUCCUUCUCAGGGUGACAUUUCUCCAUAAAUCUUUCCAUCCUACCCCACAUUUCAAAAAUCUUCAUUUCUGAAGAAGGCACCUUUCAUCUCUCUUCCUCCUCCUCUGCAGCAAGAUUCUGAGCUGCGAUCUGUUGCUGUUCCUGCUGAAGCUCUUGCAGCUCCUCCGUAUUUAGAUCUUCAUUGUGGUCCUCCACCAACUCUUCCACCACCUCCAAUUAUUAUUAUAAUCAAAAAGAAGCGCUAAGCCACAAGGGCUAUACAGCGCUGCACCACCUCCAAACUCUCAUCCAACCCCAUGGAACUCCCCAAUGCCACAAUAGAUUUCACAACUGACGUAGGCUCAUCAGGGUCAGCCACAAACCCUUCAAAAUCCCUUUUGUGGACACAAUCUGGCCACAAUUUUCUCCAAGCAACAACAGCUUCCUUGAUUUCCUUUUUCUUUGCCACGAUGGAAGAUAUGGUUGUAUGGGGUUUGUUAUACAUCCUGGCCAGUUCGGCCACACGUACGCCACUUUCAUAUUGUUCAAUGAUGUUUUUCUUAAAUUCAAUCGUAUUUCUCACCUUUACCAAAGGCUUGGCACUAGGAGCUCUCUUUGGAGCCAUGGUAGCUUAUUUAGCACUUGCAAGCACUAAAAUGAAUGGAAAUAUUAUGAAAUAUUUCGUAUGAACAAGUGAGGGGACCGUCGCUCACUGGUAAACAAUGGCACAUUGGCUGGGAAGGGAGCCCGAGGUGGCUCAGAGCUGUGAGUACACAUCCAGGACGAAUGACGAUUAACGAGUCAACUGACCAUUUGCGAGCCAAUGUUUGGACGAAAAUAAUGCGACGAUUUCCGAAAAGGACGACUAUCGAGCCCAACAAUUAUCGAGGGACCACUGUAUAUGGCAAAACACGACACUGUAGGCUCUUUUCAUAUACUAUCAAGUGCCAUCUGUCUUUCAUUUCUAGGCAUUUCAGUACUUUAGAAGCAUUGUACAGUACUUUAUGUCCAAAGAAAAUUUGCAACUAAUUUGCCUUGUAGUAUUUUUGCUCUAUUUUCCUUUCUCUGAUGGUUCAGUUAUGAAAAUAACAUGUUUAAGAGUGAGCAGCUUAGGUAUGAAGCUUCAUUCUCACUUGUAAACUUGCAAGAAGGCAUCAUGCAAUGAAAGUGAGGCAGUUCUCACAUCUCGUAUGAAUAAAAAGAUAUAGUAGGUCUAAAUUGUAACAGGUAAUGUUUAGAGUGAACUGGGGAAUAAUACUGAUGUAUAGAAUAAUAAUUUUAAUUGUUUUUAAGCUUAGCAGUAUGUUAUAUUCAAAGAAAUUAUAGUACGUAGAGUACCUAUUUUAUCAUAAUUUCAUUUAUUGGGGAGCUGUAAACCUGUAGAGGUCACUCAGUGCCUGGGGAAAUAGAAGGCAUUCAGACUUGAUUCAAGGAAUUAGAGGACAGGUUCAGUUCCUUGUAUCAAGAGCCCUUCACCAGCAUCAAUUAUUAUUAUUAUUAUAAUCAAAAAGAAGCGCUAAGCCACAAGGACUAUACAGCCACCAGCAUCAAGGAACCUCCCUUGAAGGGUACUCUUGUUUAACAUACUUUUAUAAUGUGAAGAGCAACAGUGGUGUUUGCCAUUCAUUUACUUCAGUGAUGCUUUUCCUAAUGUUAAGUCUUAUAAUCUUUAUUAUUGAUUUGGUGAUUUUUUCUUAGUAUUUGCCAGACUUUGUUUCAUAUUUGUAAAACUGAUUCAUAAUUAAUUUGGUUGAUGUAAUACACAUGCAGUAUCUUCUUCCAUUAAUAAGAACAGUAUUAAUUGAUA